AUGAAGCAAGAAACAGUUGUGCUCAUUGUUGGAGCUGGCCCUGCUGGCAUAGCUACUUCUGCUUGUCUAAAUCUCAAAAAUAUACCCAAUAUAGUUUUAGAAAGAGAUGAUUCUUUUGCUUCUUUAUGGAGAAAGUCUUAUGAUAGGUUGAAACUUCAUUUCGCAAGUCAAUUUUGUGAACUUCCUUACAUGUCAUUUCCUCCAAAUUCGCCUACUUUUAUGUCCAAAAAUAGUUUUCUUGAAUACUUAGGUAGUUAUGUUUCCCAUUUUAAUGUUAAUCCUUUGUAUAAACGUGCCGUUGAGUUUGCAUUUUUCGAUAAUGUUGAUUGUAAAUGGCAUGUUAAGGCGAUGAACGUCCAAAAAAAUAUUGUUGAGAAUUAUGUUGCUAGGUAUCUUGUUGUUGCAACUGGUGAAAAUAGUGAAGGUUUUAUUCCAAAAAUAGAAGGAUUGGAUGGUUUUGGUGGAAAAAUCAUGCAUUCUUGUGAGUAUAGAAAUGGCAAGAGUUUUGAGGAUAAAGAUGUUUUAGUAGUUGGUUGUGGAAAUUCAGGUAUGGAAAUUGCCUAUGAUUUGUCUAAUUGGGGUGCUCGGACCUCCAUUGUUGUUCGUAGCGUUGUAAGUUUUCUCUUUACUAUUUAA